GCCCCUCGGCUCCACGUCCAGCGGCCCGCGGGCCCGGCAGCUCGGGCGCGUUUUCGCGCGCAGAUUUGAAUCCCUCGUUCAAAACCAAUGGGACGGGCGCAAGCCUGCGCGGGGGCUGCUGGGAAAUGGAGUCCAUCGCGGGCCCCACCCGGCCCGGCAGCUCCUGCUCCUGCCCCUCCCCAGCGCGGCCGGAGCUGUCCGGGAUCCAGGUGUUGCCGCGCUGGGACCCCCCGGACCAGGUGCCGUUCGCCGUCAUUGCUGCUGUGCAGCCCCCGGAGGUGUCCGAGAUUUCCACGUCCAGCUCGAUGUCUGCAGUGGGGGGAGUCACCCUGCGUUGCCGCAUCGCGGGGCAUUUCCCGGGGCAGCUGAGUGUGACCUGGCUCCGGAAGCUCAGGCACGAAGUUGUGGCCGUGACCCUGCAGGACUCGGGUGACUGCCGCAUCCACCCUGGCACAGCCGUCCCGGCACCGGACGGGAAGAGCUUCCAGCAAGAAACAAGGCUCAGCCUCACUGGCUCCACAUCCCAUGGCCUGGGCGCCGAGUACAUCUGCCGGGUGGGACACGUCUGCCUGGGGACCCCCGUCGAGAGAAGCAGCGGUGAGCAGCAGGGCACAGGCCAGUCGGCCUUUCGGGGUGAAGUCUGGUGCCAGGGCCCCGCGCUGGGUCCCCGCUGGGCGAGGGGAGCCCACGGCAGAGCCUGCUGGGGACCACGGGCCAGGCCGGCCGGGGCGGUGGGUGCGGUGUCAGACCCCCAGGCCAGGGCUCACACUGACACAUUUCCCCCUCUUCCAGACUGCGAUUACAAUCGCUGGGAGUCGUACAGAGUCCGAGCCCCCAAAGCACAGCUUCAGUGUGCAUACAAGGGGCCCCCACCAUGUGUGGGUGGUGCUGUGUGCCCGCCCCAGCACGCAGGGCCCAGGCCAGAGGAUUAAACCAGCUGUAAUGCUUGGAGUCCAGGCUGGUAUCAUUCCACGCUGGGAUGUAGCCAGCUCUGGGGUGGGCGCCAGGGAUCAGG